GGGGGCGCUGUCAGUGGAAGACCGUGGCCACUGGCCUCAGAUCGGACGCUUUGAGUGACGCCAUCAGCCUGCGCUGUGGUGUUUGUCGCUGUAAAGUUUUUUUUUACUGUUGAGUUUCUAAUUUUCAGGUGAAAGGAAAUGUAAGACUUGCCGGAAAGGGAAAAGCCCACGAAUUCGCGGAAACUGCUGGAAUCAGUAUGAAAUUUGCAGGAUCAAGGUAGAGGUCCCCUUGCUGGAUACUACUUUAGUUGAUAAUGGAAAGAUUGCCAUUAUGUUAGCUAAAUAUAAACUAUGGAAGGUGUAACAUGUGAGGUGAAAGAUGUCAGUGCUCGGAAACACAACCCUUCUCCAUUUUGGGCACUCAGUGUCCACAGAAACACUCGCAGAAAGUGAUGCUAGUGAUGUGAGUGAGAUUGUCAGUGUCAAGGAGAAGUUACAUGUGCUGUGUCUUACCCCAGUUCCUAUUGAUCACUGAUUUUACAGUGUGAAAUUAUCCAAUUUGGGACUAAGAAAGGAACAUAAAAGUAUUUUUAAAAGGGUCCUGUCAGCAGAUGGUUUGAGGAAAGUUCUAGAAUAUCUCUAUUCUUGUGCUGACAUUCUUCAGUGAUACUUCUGAAAAAAAACAAUAUUCCAGAGUACAAUAUGAAACCUGCUUAUGAACGAAACCAAGAAUGCCUGCCACCAAAGAAGCGAGAAUUACUACAGAAUAGUGCUGGAGGCGAGGACGUCUUAAAAAAUAAUACAUUGCCAACCAACAUUACCACUGUAAGUGAUGCUGAUUGGUCAAGAAGUGCUACUGAAGAGAACCAAACAACAGUAAGAUAUGGAGUCAGAGCGGAUAAUGGUGAAAGCUCACCAGGAGUCGCAGUGGAUCAAUAUGGCAUGAUGUACAAAUUGGCUGUACCUUCUGCAAACUAUUCACUAAGUGCUCAACAUUCAUUGGUGAAUAUGGGACAUCUCUCACCGGCAUACAGCAUUGCAUCUCCACUCAUUCAGCACCCUGGGGUUCCAUACACACCUGUUCAUUACACCCAACUACCCCACACAUCACUGCAAUUUGUAGGACCUCCAUAUUCAGUACCAUAUGUUUCUCAUGGGAUACUGCCAAAUCCAUUGAUUUCAUCUGCUGUGGGAAUCCCCACCUCUCAUCUUUCCCAACUUGUUUCGUAUCCUCCCUUGUUGGCUGAGACUAGCACUCCUCCUCCGCGGACAGCAUCUCCUGCACAAACGUACAGUAAAGCCACUGGGUCUCCUGUACACAGUUUGACUCCACAAGGACCACUGCCUCAUCUAACGACAGCAGACCUUUCACAAGGCGUGGCCCAUGGUAGGGUCCCACUGCAUUUUCAACCUUCACUAUUAACACCAUCCUAUGCAACCUUUUCUGCUGCAGUGCAAAAUCCAGAUGUGUGUCAUGAAAAUAGAUAUAGCUUGCAAAUGGCAAAAGACAAAGAAACUGCAGAAACUGUGUUGGAUGUCUCAGCAAACCGAAGUGAAGGAACUUCAGAUCAUCAGAAUUAUGAGAGACGACCACGACAUGAGAGAUUUAUAGAACUUCAGGCACCCCAUUAUGUUGGCAGCAGAAAGGAAGCGCAGCUUUCUGCCUCAGCAAUGGAAAACCCAAGAGGCAGUCCCCACUUUUCUGCUCAUCGGGAACCAAGAAAUGAAGUUAUCUCUCCAGCACAGAGGAGUACACCAGACACAGAUCUAGAGGUCCAACAAGUAGUUGGGAGUUUGGGCACUCAAGGGUGUCAGGUUCCUGUGGUUGUUAGAAAAGACGUGUUAAGUAAUGUUAAAGCUUCACAGAAUUCAUUCAAAAGUCAAGAGCAAGUUAAGUACCACUCUCAAAUCAUUCCAGGUAAAAACAUUACAGAAUUUUGCUCCAGUGAAGAAUUACCACAAUCUCCAUGUCUGCCUGCUCAACAACAUGUUACCACAGGACUCAAAAGACAAUCAUUAGAUGGCCAGCGUGGAUAUUUACAUAAAACCAUAGUAUUAGCCAAUGGGCAGCCAGUAUUAAUGCCUGUUGAUACCCCUGUGCAUGAGGAGGAUGCAUUGGUUAAUAAUAUUGCUGUAACGACAGAAUCCACAAUUCAAAGUCAUCCUGAGAGGCAGACAGCUUGUACAGUGGUUCCACUUCCAGUAUCUCAAUCCACAGUACCAAUCCUUCAGCCUGUCCUGGUCCAACAGUCCCCACCAGCGCAUAUUCCUUCACACUUUAUGAAAGGUGCAAUCAUCCAGUUAGCAAAUGGGGAGUUGAAACGUGUAGAAGACCUGCAAGCGCAGGACUUUGUGCAUAGUGCAGAAAUUAGUGCUGGGUUAAAGAUUGAUUCCAGUACAGUAAUUGACAUUGUUGAAGGCCAGCGUCCUGGCCAUGUCACCGUCCAUUUCUCUGUAGGAGAGCCUCAAACAAAGGUGAGUGUAGAGGUCACCACAGAGCAUCCCUUCUUUGUAUUUGGUCAGGGUUGGUCCUCUUGUAACCCAGAACGUACUGCACACAUCUUUGGACUUUCAUGUCAAAGACUCACGGUGGGUAAUGUCUGUGUAUCACUUGGCGUCCAAACAUCUGGCAGGAGCUCUACUCAGCCAGCUUCAUCUCCAGUCAAUACUAUUUCAGUUCAUGAUUCAAGGACUGUGGGAACAUCUGAAAUUGUCUUAGCUCCUCCAGAAGUCGCAAUCCAUAUAAAUAGAAACUCUGAGGUUAAGAACCAUUCAAAAGACUCAGUCAUGCAAUGUUUGCAUACAGGCUCUGACAGCAAUCCCAGCCGACUGAAUUAUCAACAUCGUUGGGCCACUCCGGAUUUCCAAAGAGAUGGUUUUCAAUCAGAGGAGGCAAAAAUUUCCUCCCGGCCUUCCUUCAUACCACAGGAAGUUAAACUUUCAAUUGAGGGACGUUCAAACGCUGGGAAAUAAUUGGAUGAACUCUGCGGGAGUAUAAAUUAAGACAGUUUCACACCUGCUAUGACAGCCUUAUGCCAGUUAUAGUAAUGCAUUGAUUGAAAUAUGCUUUGAUAGUUUUCAUCAUGCAUUUGCAGCACAGAAGAGAUAGGAUCUUCCAUUGGAACAUUAAUGGGAAUGUGUGACAGGACAGAUUUUUCUUAAAUAUUAAAUGAAAGUGCUACUAACCAUACAAGGCUCAUAUUUUACACGAAUAUUUGUGUUUCUGAUAUUGAAAACAUUUUCUGACUUCAGAUAUAAUCUGGUAUUCUCUAUUUUGUCCCUGUGCAAUGGUGGUUAUGUCUGAGGGUUGGCAAAGUUAUCAUGAAGAAUGAAAAGGUUGAACUGUUGAGGACCCAACAGUAAAAUGCUAUAUGUUGUUUUUGAAGUAGAUUAUAUAUGACAAAUUAAUGAUCAUUUUACAAUCAGCAACCUAAGUUUUAACUAUUCUCAACAAAGGAAAUUUUAAAGUAAAUUAAAUGUUAAAUUGAUAGUGGGCAACUUCAGGGUGGACUAUUUUACAGGGGAUUUCAUUUGCAAAGCAAAAAAUGUAAUUUUGAUAUGUGAGGAAAUUACAAAAAUUAGAAAUUGAAGAAAGCCCACAAGGGUGCUGCCUGGUAGCAUUCAGGCGGAAAAGUAUGCACAUUCUUCGGAAAUAAUUUGCAAAGGUUCGUUGAUUCACAGGAGAUCUCGGCUUCUUUGUGUUGCCUCAAUUUUCAUAGAAACUGAACUCAAAACAUUUAUCCCUUUCAGAUAUAGCACUAACUUUGUAACUAACAGGACUUGCCGGUUUUAAAUCCACAAAGACUCUUUCAUAUUGUCCUUAGUGAACUAUGCAUAUCCCAGACACUAAAUGACUGAACAAAACAUUUAACAAACAUAGCCCAGUUUCUUAUUAAUGUCCAAUGGACAGAUCCUUACUCUCACUAAAGAGUAAAUUGACCUAUGUAAGCUGGAUUUAACACAUGGUCAAAUGAUACAUUGAUUUUCUUAACCUGGGUUUAAAAUUUUAAGAUAUUUAAAAUAAUGUAAGUGUUUAUGAUACAAUUAACAUAAUCGAAAGGGUAAUUCAAUUUUCCUUUUUAUGCUUUAAGAGCAUUGUUUUGUAACCUUCAAAGAGGAUCAAGUACUUUAUAGCACUGAGUUCCGGUGUUUUAAGGUUUUUGUUUUUUUCUUAGCAAGAUUAAGUUAGGUAAACAGCCUAAACAGAUUAGCUAUGAAAGGUUUAGGUACUCUGGUGUGACAGUGAGAGAACUGGCACACUCUGUACCAAGUUACUGAUGCUUGAAAUUACCCCAUCUAAGUCUUAUGACGGUAGAGGUAUCAUCUUAAGAUGUCCUGUGGUGGUGAACAAGAGCUUUCAAAUUAGUACAAUUCCAAAGGGCACACACGUAAAUUAGACUUACCUUUAUUAACUUUUAAUUUUCUUUGCACUUUCUUAUUUUUGCAAGAUUCCAUUUAAUAUUUAAAAUCUGCUUGAGAUGCAACAGUGAUUUAAUUAAUUACUUUAAACAGAAAUGGGAAACAAAACUUCAGUUAAACUUGUGAAAAUGGAUUGGCUGUUUAAAGUAAUGAAAAGCAAUUUGAUGUUUCUGUAUUAGUGGCGGUUCAUGUGUAGGCAAAAAAAGUCUGAUGGAAUUGCAUCCACUGUUGGCCUCAUUGAUAUAUGUAGUUAGAUUGAAGUUACUUGAGCAAAAGAUUAAUUAGGCUGUACAGAAGUGUGCUUUUGGUAUGCUACUCUCUUUACAGUGUGGUGCUCAAGUUCUGUGCAUGCAUUUUUGCUUUCUUAAAGUUUAACUUGUGUCCUAGUUUCGAUUCAUUUUUAAAAUCCAAAUUUGUCACAAUUUUUGAAAUAAUUCUGUUGAACUGUGUGGUUCAAAUCUUCUUGCAAUGGACAUGUCAGAUUUAUAGAGAUAUACUGCAGUGACCAUUUUAUUGCAUUUGCUACUGCUCUUCAAAAGUUAAUGUGUUCAUGAAAGUAAAGUAGAAAGUUGCAAUAAUCAACAGUAUAAUUUAAAAAAAAAAGAUGGAUAAAGAGAAAACUAGGCAAAGAUAAAGAAUGCCUGAGGGAUUCCAGUGUCUGUUUCUGAGAAUAGUUGGUGCAUUAUUCUGAAGUGUGGUUUUAUUCACUUGGUGACUAGGGACCCUAGUGCCAUAUCAUUAAUUACACAAAGAUGAUGUGGGAAGAAUGUUAGAAUUAAAAUUUAGUGUAUGUUGUAUUAUCAACUAGCACUCUUAAAUUAUUAUGGUGCUUAUUUCAUAUAGGUUUAUUAACUAAAUCAGAAGUUACACGACACCAUGUUAUAGUCCAACAGGUUUAUUGAAAUCACAAGCUUUUGGAGCACUGCUCCACCUGAUGAAGAAGCAGCACUCUGAAAGCUUAUGAUUUCAGAUAAAUCUGUUGGACUAUAACCUGGCAUUGUGUGACUUCUGACCUUGUCCACCCCAGUCCAAUACUGGCACCUCCACAUCAGGUUUAUUAACUAGAUUACCCAACAUACUUUUUGGUAUUGCUGUGCAUACCCAUCAUCUUUUGUCAUGUAAUUAGUUGUAUCAAUGCACUUUGACAGUUUAAACAGAAGCAAAUCAAGUAACAUCAAGUUAUCUGAAAUUACCAAAACUAAAACAAGCAACUUUUCAUAACGUAAUAUGCAAUUAAUGAAACAGAAUUUUAAAAAUGUAAUAUUGAGAAAUCUAUGCACAACAUGCUUCAUGUUAGUUGAUUAAAUGUGAUUCUUCUACUCAUCUUGUGAAACUAUGGGUAUAUUUGAGCAGUACUAUUAGAAACACAAUGUGUUUAAUCACUACCGGACAGGACUUGCAAAGGUUCAUGCACAGAGCUGUGAAAACUAUCAAACUUUGCACAUCUUAAUGAAUAUACCAGAGAAGACAUUUGUUUUUUAAAUUAACUGUUGCAUCCUCAGUAAUGUGACUGUGAUUUUCUUUUCCCCCAGUUAUCCAAGGUUAAAUUACAUUGCAGCAUAACCUGAAACAAAGCAUUUAGCAACUUAAAAACAAAACUUUUCUUAAGGCAUUUUCUUGGGUGAAAGGCUGUAUUCUUGUGCCAAAAAGCAUCUUUAAAUCCAAGGCUUGGCACAUUUACUAGUACACUGGUAAUACCUAGAUUGAAACUAAUUUAGUCACCUGGGAAUGAAUGCCCAUUGUCAACUGUGGUAUUUGGAAUCUCUUUUGAAAAAUGUCUAUCAUUAGUGUUGUCACUGGAAGUCAAUGACUGCCCAGAUCAUGCAGUAUUUAUACCUUAAAACACAUUUACAGUUUAUUUGGGAGUUGCACUUGCUAAGAACUGACAUGGGGAGGAUAAAAGGGAACUUUAAAGGUUCAGGAAUUAUACCAAAGUUCAAAGGUUUUUUUAGCAGGCUGUUCUGGGUCUACAAAGGUUAAAAGACCUUUACUUGUGUAAAAUAGCAUUGGGUCCAAAAGUACAAACCUGAGCUAUAGCCAAAUCCCACAGUACAAAUACUCUAAUCUCUGGACUAGAAAUUGCAUUGCUUAUAAUUCUUACCUGCAGUAACUGCAGCUUUAAUACUUUUUCUUUAGAAACUGUAUCAGCCAUUAGUAAUUUAGAACAUUGAUUGUUAAAAUCAAUUUGUGUUACAUCACAGAUUGCGAAAUCCCAUAUCAACUUAGUUGCAUUAUCGUCAUGAUUCCUACCAUAUAGAUUUUUCAAAUCCUUUGGGCCCUAUCCAAUAAGAUGCAUUCUAAACAAGAUAUGAAUGGACUUUAAUUUGUUUUGCGAUGUGUUACCUGGUGUGAUACAUUUUUGUGCAGGAUUACCUAAUGUCUCUUCUACAUUUAUAAGAACAUUUGAAGAGAUGGACAGAAAGUUCUUUUCUACCAGAACAUUUUCAAAUUCACAAAAUUGCCAAUAGAAAUAGAAAUGAUAAGUUUUACCUGCUAAUAACAUUAUUUGUUGGUUGCAUAAUAUAUUUUAAUGUUACUUUAACAAAUGUUAGUAUUAUAUAUUUGUGCUAUAGGAAGUUUUUAUGCAUGAAAGUUUCCUUUCAGACUACUUGAUCAAAAAAAUCCAACUUAGACACAAGUAGGAAAUCUUUCCUCUGUUUGUGUCGGUCUGUCAGCAUGGUCAGUAUUCAUGUUUAAAGUUGACAAUAUCCUUUUUGAAACGCCGAACUUGGCUGAAUUUGAAAACUACCCACAUAAAAGUCUGUAGUGUUUUCUGACAUUUACAACAAAUUCUUUGUAGUUUAAAUGUUCAAAACUAUGUACAUUAUGUAUAUCUGUAUAACAAGAAAGUUUAUUCAAAGUGCUAAAAUAAGAUUUUUAAAACUAGACAUCUGUUUGCUAAUACACCUUGCCAAAUUUUUUUUUAACCUGUGUGAAGAAUAUAAAGGUAACACUAAUUACUGUUUUAUUUGUUUAAGAUUUCAUAAAUGGAUACUGACAGGUUUAAUUUUUGUACAUUUUAAUUAGUCUGUGCAGGUCAACACAAGUGAAGAUUGUCUUUAAAACCUACAGAACUAAAAUAUUAGCUUAAAAUAUAUUUUAAUGUUAGUCAACAUAUACUCUGUACAAAAUCAAAGACAGAAGACUAUGGUUCAACAGAUGGCUACUGUUUCAAUAAUCUAUAGGGUUAGCACUAGAGGAUUUAAUGCUAUUUUAAACAUUUUAAAAUAGUGCAAUUUUUCAUAGCUGGUUUCCUGGAAUGUGAUUGCUGAGACAAUAUGUAUUGUUAAAUGAUAUAUCAGAUCCUGGAAUGGGGGAGAAAGAAAGAAAGAAAGAAGUAUUUCCUGUUUGUUUCAAAAGCUGGGUUUUUUGAAGUUGAUCAGUAGCCUUCGUAAUUGGCAUUUAUUUCUGGAAAACAAAUUCACCCACAGCCCAGGACAAGGAGGCUGCUGAGAUUCCCUCUACCUGAUGGCUGUUAACUCUUUAAAUACUGAAUCCCAUUUGCAGCUUUUAAGAUUUGCACAUUUUUUAAUUUUAUUUUAUGAGAUUUGCAGUAAUUAUUAUUUUUAACACUGUGGAGUUCGUAAUUAUGUUCACACUAUUCUUGGACUAUUAUUUUCAAAUAAAGCCCUUGCAAUUACACCAAAGUUUUUGAUAAUUGAAAUAAAAACAAAGUACUAGAAAUUCUCAGCAAGUCAGGCAGCAGCUUCUUCGUCUUGUUAACCUUUGGUCAAAAUGUUAACUCUCUUUGUAUCUCCAGAGGUUCUGUCUGACCUUCUGAGUAUUUACAGCAUUUUCUGUUCUUAUUUCAGAUUUCCAGCAUCCACUGAUUUAUUUGGUUUUGCAUUCAGUAAAUUAGGUUCCUCAGCAUAACCUGUGGCAGACAUGGAUUCAGGCUACAGAAUUGACCAUCAUGCCAUUUCAGAUUGUUGUCUACAUUUGAUGAAUUUAAACUCUCUCUCAUUAGUUGUAGGAUUUGAUCAAUACCCGUCAAAAUUGGUACCGAAAUUUCAAAUGCUCGUUGAUGCAGCACAUGUAUACCAAGACAUUCCUUCUUUUCAUUGUGUUUUUGAAUAUUAUAGGAAUUGGUUUAAUGUACAUUAACCUACAGUUGCUACAUGGGGAAAAUGGUACAAAUGCAGGAUCCUAUUAAUUUUAGAUAGGUGUGACAUUUGGUAAUCAUUUUAUGGAUUGCAAAUGUCACUAUAAAAAUUUGAACGUUUUGAUCUGUUCCAAAGCUUGAAAAUGAUUCUUUUGUGUUGGCUUAUCCUAAAAUCAAUACUUAAAUUCAAAAUAUUUAUCAUGCUGGUGAAGUACGUUUUUACUAAAUUUGCUGACAUAACAGUGAUUAUCUUUAUAAACUACAGAGCUUUAUCUGUAGAAGUGGUCAUCGUAAAAGUUUUGCAUGGGCCAACAAAAGACUCAGGAUUGCUUUUAUUGCUUUUAGUUCAAUGGGUAUUGGUCAUCUUCUAAGUGUUAGAAUUACUGCAUUCCUAUCAGAGUCCUUGAAAGCAUUAAUCUAUAUCUUGGUGUGUUUUUGUAACCAUUUUUUCUAAAAAAAAAUUAAAGUUUUAGAUUUGUAUAUUUGUAUUUUUGUGGCCUUUUAUGCUGUUUAAUGUUGAUUUUGUGUACUGCAAAAGAAAAUGUAUUUUUAUUGUCAAGCCUAACUACUUAUGUAUGAUUGCAUUAAUUUGUUGGUAUGUAAACACUGCAUAAUAUAAACUCUACAUUUUA